CGAUCAGCUGUUUUGAAAGGGGGGCGAUGACGUCGCUUCCGGUUUCACACCCGACAUUACAACAACAAGGCGAGCCGAGCCGAGCCGAGCCGAGCCCGGGGACGACGGAGAGACGACGGUACCGCGAAGAGCGAGCAGAAACACCUGAAGAACUCCCAUCGAUAUAUAAAAUCCACCGACCUCCACCUGAGAUGAGGUCGAUGUUGUAGCGGGGGAACCCGCCCCCUUCACACACACACUCUCAGCAGGGACAGGUUCAGGUGUGUUGAGUCCAGAAUGGAGAGGAUCUGAGGGGAACCUUUCUCCUCAGGUGAAGUCCUGAGUCGUGACACGAAGCUCUCCUGAGCUCAGAUUCUUCAGAGCCAUGGACGCUGGGGCGCUCGACAGUCCCGUGACCCUGGUCAUUAAAGCCCCCAACCAGAAGUAUGAAGACCAGACCAUCAACUGCUUCCUCAACUGGACGGUGGAGAAGCUGAAGAGUCACAUCUCCAACGUGUACCCCAGCAAGCCGCUCUCCAAAGAUCAGCGGCUGGUGUACUCGGGAAGGCUCCUUCAGGACCACCUACAGCUCAGAGACGUGCUCCGAAAGCAGGAUGAAUACCACAUGAUGCAUCUGGUGUGUACCUCUCACAGCCCCCCAGCCUCGCCCACGCCUCGCAGCCCCUCCACGGCCAACCCUUCCUCUUCAGAGUCCAGCAGUUCAGACAGCACCAGCUCCGCCUCACCUGCCACCACAUCCAGUCAGGACAGUCAGCCCGCCUCCUCCUCGUCUUCCGGCCCAGGAAGUUAUGACGGCCUGAGGUAUCGCAGAGGCUUCGGCCAGUACGACCCUCAGAGCCCGGCUGGCGUCCCUCAGUGGCCGGAUGGAGCCCAGGUCCCUCUGCAAGGCGGCCUGCCUGCCAACAUGCCCCCUCACCCCAUGUACAUGCCCAUGCAGAUGCUGUGGUGGCAGCAGAUGUACGCACACCACUACUACAUGCAGUAUCAAGCAGCAGUAGCUGCCUCUCAGCCUCCCAGCACCUCCGCUCCUUCCUCUCCCACCUCCUCCUCCUCCUCCUCCUCCUCCUCACCCCAUCAACCCGCCCAGCCCAACGAAGCCGCGCAGCCCCCGCUGGGGCCCAACCCGGACCCCAACCCUUUACCCGAGAACCAGCCGGCCAACCCCAACAUCCAGAUGAACGCGCAGGGCGGGGCGGUGUUAAACGACGACGAGCUGAACCACGACUGGCUGGACUGGUUGUACACGGUGUCUCGCGCCGGCGUCCUGCUCAGCAUCGUUUACUUCUACUCCUCGUUCAGCCGCUUCGUGAUGGUGGUGGGAGCCAUGCUGCUCGUCUACCUACAUCAGGCCGGCUGGUUUCCCUUCAGACUGGAGCAGCAGAACCUUCGAGGAGGAGAAAGAGCCCAAGCUCCUCAGGAGGAGGAGGGACACCAGGACAUCCAGGAAAUGGAACGUCUGAUGGAUGAGGGGAUAGAGGACGACGACAGCGGUGAGGAAGGAGGUGGAGGCCCUGACGAGCAGGCCCAGGCUGCUGCUGCUGUCCCCGAGCCGAGCUUCCUCUCCACAGCCUGGUCCUUCAUCAGCACCUUCUUCACCUCGCUCAUCCCCGAGGGACGGCCCCAACCGGCCAACUAGACCGGACCUCCCGGGCUCUGCCAGCAGGUACCGCUCUGCAGAAGUGUCACACUUCACACCUUCGUCUUCAGACCCUUCCCGCCUCCGACACGCUGCCAACAAACGGACAAACAGACGGCGAGCGUGCGGGAGAACAAUAAAUAUCACGUCGUGUUAACGGAGUCAAAGCUUCAGUAGUUUUAUUUUUAAAUGUAUUUAAGCUGACGGUGAGUUCACUGACACGCCGGAGGGAGCCGUCUUCCAUUUUAAGCAGAGGGACAGAAGACAAAUCAUAAAUCAUAGAGACGUUUUCAUGAAUGCACACUGUGCGUCGUGACACUGCAGCUACUGAAGCACAUUGUUUUCCCACUUUGUGUAUUUGAACAUUAUCUAUUUACACAUGUAAGUAUAUGCAUCUUUAAUUCCUGAAUAUGCUUUUUUCAAUAAAAAAAUCUCGCUUCGGUC